UGAUUUUCUGAGGCUUACAAUAGAAUGUCAAAGAUGGCAAGCAACAGAUCAGUGAUUGCUAAAAGGUUCAGUUGGUAUGAGCAGAAGAUUGGAAAUUGGGUAAUUUUAUUCUAUUUCAUUCUGGCAUUAAGCUCCGUCACUCUUCUUAAACCUUAUUUGGAUCCUCUACCAAUUUCGAAUUUGCGGCUGUCAAUGGCCACUCAGGACCUCACUAAACUAGUAAUUGAGGACACAGACAGUUCUCAGAAAUUAAAUCUAAGCAAUUCUCAGUCAUCAGUUUCAAGUGGAGAAGUAAUUUUGAAACAGGAGAGAAAGCCAAUUUGCAAUGUUUCAGACCCAAGAUUUGACAUAUGUGAUAUUGAGGGAGAUGUAAGGAUUCAUGGUAAUUCCUCCUCCAUCUUUAUUGCCUCUUCAUCUCAAAUGGAUGCUUUGGAAGGAAAUAAAUCAUGGUUAAUCAAACCUCAUCCUCGAAAGGGAGACCCAAAUGCAAUGCGUUUUAUUAGGGAAUUCUCAGUAAAAGCCAUUGUGGGUCAAGAAGAAGCUCCACCUUGUUCUGUAUAUCACAGUGUUCCUGCAGUUGUCUUCUCACAUGGAGGAUACUCAAGAAACCUCUUCCACUCUUUUAGUGAUGUACUCAUUCCUGUCUUUGAAACUUCAGCCCAAUUUCAAGGUGAAGUUCAGUUUCUUGUCACCAAUUUCGAAAAACAUUUGAUUAUCAAGUUCCAAGCAAUACUAAAACAACUGUCUAACUACGAAAUCAUCGAUAUCGAUAGCGACGAUCAGGUUCAUUGCUACCCACGUAUGAUUGUUGGUGUUAAGUUUUACAAGGACUUGAAAAUUGACCCCUUCAUUUCAAAUGGGUACUCCAUGAAAAUGUUCAGGCAACUCUUAAUAAAUGCCUAUUCAUUGAAGAAAUUUACAGCAAUCAAGAUCAGUCCUGAUACACAAGAGAAGCCUAGGCUUCUGAUCUUAUCGCGUAAAGGGUCUCGAUCAUUUAUGAAUGUUGAUGAAAUAGCUGAAAUGGCUAAAAGUUUGGGAUUUGAAGUGGUUGUCUCUGAGGGUAUGAAAAAUAUGGAAGAAUUCUCUCAUGUGGUGAACUCUUGUGAUGUAAUGUUAGGGGUUCAUGGAGCAGGGCUUACAAACAUGGUUUUCCUUCCUACCAAUGCAAUACUAAUACAGGUACUUCCUUGGGGUGGAUUUGAUUGGGUAGCUUCUAACUGUUAUGGGCAGCCUCCCUUGGGGAUGGACUUAAGGUAUUUGAUAUAUAAGAUCAAGGAAGAAGAGAGCUCUCUACUACAAAAGUACACUCUUGAUGAUCCAGUCAUUAAGGAUCCUACUUCAAUACAUAAGCAUAACUGGAAUCAAUUUCAAUCAGUAUAUAUGGAUAAGCAAAAUGUAAAGAUUGAUGUGGGUAGAUUUAGAGCUACCUUAUUAGAAGCACUUGAGCUUCUCCAUCACUAGAUUAAAUUGUAUUUUGUAUGAGACUUCAAGUCUUCUUGAAUUUGAAUUUGGUCUAGGGAACAAAAAGUGUAAAUCAUUUUUAUUCUCAAUAAUUUGUUCUCUCCUGUCUUGAAUCU